GAUCCCGGUAAGCAGUGUAAAGGUAUAGAUGGAGGGAAGGGAUGGAAAAGGAUACUAUUAUUGGGAAGUCUGGCUGGUAUGAGCACCAUCGUGGUGAUCCGACAACUAGUGCCCAAAGUACUCUACUAUCGACGCCGAUAUAGUGACCAACCUGAAUACUAUAACAUGAUAACCGCGAAGUUUACUGCAUCGUAUGAAAUGCCAUAUCUUGUCGAAUGGCAGGAUAGUCAUUAUAAGCAAGUGGCUUAUGUAGUUCCUCCUGUAGCUGAUAGACCACCUUCGAGAGCAGUGUGGUUGUUAUUAGGAGGAAAUGCAAUGCUGGCCAAAGACUGGCUACCCUUCGUAUACGGCGUACGACGGAGUGAUUCAACUGGCGAACUCAAUAGGGCCACCUUCCUACUUGUGGACUACCCUGAGUACGGCGAGUCCAGGGGUCCGUCGCCCUGUCCUGACUCAAUGAAUGUUGUGGUCAAUGCUGCAGUGGAAGCGUUAGUCAGUCGAGCGCCGCAAGAACUCGAGUCAUUACACAUACUUGGGCACUCGCUGGGCGGAGCUGUAGCUCUGCGGUUUGCAAGAGAAGAGAUACAUAAGUCUCAGAGCUCUCUCCCAGUCAAGAGUGUGAUAACCUCAUCUACUUUCACUUCAAUAGCUGCCAUGAUACGCUCAAUUACCGGCAUACCACAAUUAGUGGGGAAACUUUUAGCGAGUCACGAAUGGUUGUCGACAGAGAAUAUGAUCUAUCUCAAAACAGCGGGGGUCAAAGUCGCCAUGGUCCAUGGACAACAAGACGAAAUAGUACCGUAUUCACAAGGUGAAGAGCUUUCGGAAGCAGCUAAUGUCACUCUAUUUACUCACCCCUCAGCCGAGCAUAAUGAUAUACUUAGCAUUUGGGUCCCCAAGUAUGCUCAGCUAAUGGCCAAUCUUAGUGGAGCUAAGUUGUGAGUUUCAUGA